GGAGCUGCAGGCGCCUGGCAGAGAGAGGCCCAGCCUGGCGGUGGGGAAACUGAGGCAGCGGUGCGGCCCUGGAGACGGCUGGUCAGGGCUGGACCUUCCUGGCCCAAGGUUCUGCCUCAGUUGGGUCUCUGGUUGCCGAGGUCUGAGAAGGGGUCGGACCUGAGCACCCAGGGCUGACCCCGGGGUCUCAGUUGCUGUCUGACCACUGCUGGGACCCCACCAGGCCCGCUGCCUGUGAGAGCAUGAGUGAGCAGGAGAGGGAGACGGAGGAGGAUGAGGGAGGGGGCCCUUCAGACAUGGCACCCAUGCUGCCCCGAAGGCGCCCGGACCACAGGGCUGGACCACCCACCCUGGGGCUGCCCGGCCGGAUGCUGGCUGGGCUCCUGCUCCACCUGCUGCUGCCCGGGACCCUGUUCCUGCUGGUGCUGAUGCCGGCAGCCGCCAUCAUCUACCUGGGAUUCCUGUGCCACUCCAGGGUCCACCCGGCGCCCAGCCCCACGUGCCGCGCGCUGCUCACGGACCGCGGCUCUGCGACGCUCAUCGUGCUGGGCUUCCUCUCGCUGCCUCUGCUGCUGGUGUUCGCCUCGGCCGCCCGCGCCCGCUUGGCCCGGCGCCUCCGCCCGCUGCUGCCGUCCCCCAUUUGGACCCGCGGACCUGGUCGCCAUCCAGGCUCCAGCGACGGGGAACGGGAGGAACGCCACCCUGAUGGAGAGGAGCAGCUCUGCGCCUGGGUGUGACCCCAGCGGCCCUCCAAAGGACCCGAGACCUCCAAAUCCCGGGAGGCCCCCGAACCUCCACAUCCUUCGUGACCCCCAUAAGUUGGCCCCAGGCCUGCGAGCGCGUGGUCUGCGCCCAGAUCCGGCUGGGAAAUCGCGGGCAUUGCAUGCCUCGGGCUCCGGCGCGGUGCUCCGAGCGGCCGCGAGAUGGCACUCGACUCCCCGGGACUGGGGUCAGCCCUCCCCACCCACCGCCGCCGGCACCCUCGCUGGCAGCCCUGCCGCACAGGCUGUGCCCCCUCGAGGAGGCGGGGUGGCUCUCAGAGAGGGGCGCGUGGCCGGGCUCGAGAAAGGCGGCCUCCUGGCUUCUGCCACUGGCUGCCCUGGCCGGGCCCUGUGGCCCCGUGACUGGUCAGCCAGGGCCUCCCGCCAGUUUCAGAGGAGGUGAGACCCCCACGGUCCACCAGAGCGCGUGCUUCCAGGAGUCAGCGAUGGCCAAGCCCUGCCAGGGCCUGCAAGGCCCAGCCUGUGCCCAGGUUAGAGCUCAAACUGAGACCACGGUCCGGCUCAGCCUGAGACCAGGGUUAGAGCUCGGCCAGUGCCCAGGGUUAGCAUCUUCUAUUACUAUUAUUUUACACUUUGUCCUUUAUUUGGAAUGGUUCCUUUAAUAUAUGACCCUGACCCUUGGCCAUGGCCCUUGAUACAAACUAGGGUACACAUUUUUUUUUUUUGAAAAACAAAUAUGACAAGUGAGACAGCCCUUAUGAUUCGUCAGAGCAGGCUCACUGAAGUGGUAGUUUUCUGGCAAUAAAUGUGUCCUUGAAGUUC